CCCUUAGACACUGGUUCUCGUACGUGAUACAAUGCAGCAGCAGGUUGUUCAGAAGGGAAGUAAGGUACAGCGUGAUAAACACACCGUUUUACACAAUGAUGUGAGGAACAAACCAGAGAGCGGAAAAAAUAAAUCCACGCUCCUGAAGACACAAGGCACAGAGAGUGGUGCUCAGGAAGCAGAGGAAGAAGACCUGAUCAAGAAUCUGAGGAAGUUCAAGGAUAACAUGUUGAUAGCAAUUAAGGCUGAUAGAGCCAGCCUGGUCCUCUAUAUUGAGGACCAGAAAAGGAACAUGCUGAAGCAGAGAGAUGAAUUCACACUGAAGCUGGAAGAGUGCAUGGACAAAGAAGCAUCGAGCAAACAAAUGAUCAAGGGUCUGGAAAACAAAAUUGAUGCAUUGUCUAAGAAAAACCUGGAUGAAGUGGCAAGAUUGACGUGCCAGAUUGAGGCAGAGAAAAGGAACAUGGAGAAGCAGAGAGAGGAGUGUGAGUGUGCUGAGAGAGAGCAGAAGAUCUUCAAAGAUAAAUGCAGAGAACAAUGUGAAGAACUGCUACUGAGGAUAAUUGAAAAGGAACAAAAGGUGGAUGGGAUAAUUAAAGAAGUGGAGGCCCUGAAAGCAACGGUGAAAGAGCUUGAUAAAAAAGCAGAGAACAUGGAUCCUAACAUGAAGGAGAGCCUCAAAGAAAUCAAUAGACGCCUGAAGAACUUUGGUCCAAAGUGGUUCCAGAAGCUGUGGAAGAAGUAUAAAAUCCAGAAAAUCCAGGAGUUGAAGAAGGAGAGUAACAGACUUUUGCUAGAGUAUUCUAAAAGCCAAGCCAGAGAAUUUAUUUCUUUAUGGGUGAUAAAUGCUCUGGUUCAGGAAAAAAAUAUAAUGAAGAGACAUCUGGACAGUGGACUGUCUCUAAGCUUCUUUACCAGCCAGGAGAGCAACGAGAAGAAAAGGAUUAAGAAGAUAAUGAAGCACCAUGUGAAAACGAAUAAGCAAACAAAGGAGAAUACAAGAGAACUGGUUACUAGUCUGUCGACAGACUCUAAAGAGUUGUGCACUUUUUAUCCUGCGAUGCAGAGUAUGAAGGACGAGUUGAAAAAACUGAAGAAGAAGAAUGAGAACUAUAAGGGAUUUUACAACAGAUGGUGAUGAACAUUAAUGUGAAGGUUUCACCACAGCACACAGUCAAGAUCAUCCCUUCUUCUGCCUCUGUUAUUUCUAAUGUGUUUAUUACUCUGAGAUUCAACACACUGUACAAGAAAACCACGAGCAGUGAGUCAGAAGAAAUCAGAGGAGAAAAGGAGAUGAUGGAGAAAUGAAAGAGAAGAUCAGAACUGUAAUAAGAAUAAGAAUAAUAUCUCUGUAUAUAAAUUAAUAAAUGGAAUCUUCUGGCAUCA